AUGUCUGCCCAGCUGCCUGAUGCCAAGGGCUCCGAAGUUCAGCUCGACCAACUCACCCACGAGGAAGCCAUACAACAAACCAGACUAAACAGCAUAGAAUGGAAAGGCCCAUUAUCUCUCGACGCAUACCUCGGUAGAGAAGAACAUCUCGGGAAACAAAAGUUAGUCCGUGCUGGCGGUCUCACGCCUUGGGCGUUGGUGACAAAAGAAGGCAAUCCUCGUGCUGUGCUUUCGAGCUGCGAGACUAUUCGCAAGAAAGCUCUUGUCGCGCAGAAUGGACAAGUCAAGGAAGUUAUAUGUCAUGGCGUGGCUAGUGUCUUCUGUCCUCCAGACUAUCGUGGUAAAGGAUAUGCUGGGAGAAUGAUUAAAGAUUUGGGAGAGAAGUUGCACCACUGGCAAACAGAUGGGCACGAUUGCUUGUUCAGUGUACUGUAUUCUGAUAUUGGCAAGCAAUUCUAUGCUUCGCAUCAAUGGAAACCAUUCCCGUCGGCCCACGUCUCGCUUCCUCCUUCGAGCCAUCCUAAACACGACUCUCUGCCGGAGGCAAAGCUUUUGUACGCUAGCGACCUGGCAGAACUCUGCGAUACUGACUUGGAGCUGGUGCGUAAGAAGCUCGCCAAUGUAGCGUCUUCAGGCAAGACGUUUGCUUCGAUUGUACCUGAUGUGGAGACCCUUUCAUGGCACCAUGCUCGUGAGGAGUACGUUGGAAAUGAGCUGCUCGGAAAGUCCCCUGAAGUCAAAGGAGCCAUUGUCGGCAGCGAGAAAGGCAAGCGGGUAUGGUGUGUAUGGAUGCGCACAUGGUACAACAGCGACCUUCAAAUCACCAAAGACAACACGAUGAACAUCCUUCGACUCGUCGUGGAGGAUCCUGAGUAUACCGACUUGUCUGCAGCUUCAGAUGAAGGUGCGGAGAAAGCAAAGGGUACAUAUGUGACUGCAGCCAUUGCAUCACUGUUGGCUGCAGCCCAAGCGGAUGCCAGCAAAUGGCAUAUGGGCUCUGUUGACGUAUGGAAUCCGACCGCGGAAACUUUGGCGGCUGCAAAGCAAUUGGACUCAGCAGCACAAGUCAUUCACCGCGAAAAAGACAGUAUUGCGAGCUUGAGAUGGUAUGGAGAAGGAUCAGUGGAUGAUGUUCAAUGGCUUGAUAACGAAAAGUAUGCCUGGUGCUGA